CUCGAGGUUGGGAGAUAGUUAAUGAGAUAGUCUUCGACUCGGCUUCAAUCGACAACCUUCGACUGUACCAGUUUGUUAAGAGUUAGCAUUAUACUCAAUUUCGGAUUAGAAUUUAAGUUUUUUUUAUAAGAUGCCCACCUAUAAGUUUUUCUACUACGACGGUCGGGCUCGGGGAGAGCCGACGAGGAUGCUUUUUGCUCUGGCGAAUCAGAAGUUUGAAGAUGUCCGUUUUCAGGUAGAAGGAGAAGAAUGGAAGAAAGCAAAGAGUGAUAAGAAACGGUUCCCGUUUAGUGCUAUACCGGUAUUGGAUGUUUCAGGUCGUCUUAUUGCCCAGAGUCGUGCCAUAUAUCGCUAUCUCGCCCGAGAAUUCGGGUUUUAUGGAAGUAACAACUGGGAAUCUACGGAAAUUGACGAGUUUCUUGGGAUAAUGUCCGACUUUGAGACUGCGAUUGGGCCAGCCUAUUUAGAAAAGGAUGCAGCGAAAAGAACGGCUGAUUUACUCAAGUCAAGGGACACAACUCUAAAACCAUUCUUUGAAUUCUUUGUGGAGAAGCUUCAGAAAGGGGGUGGAAAGUACUUUGUUGGAAAUAAGAUAAGCCUGGCUGAUCUGGUGGUCUUCAACUUGCUCGAUGCCUUCCUCGACUCGGCUCUGAAAGUCGACGGUUAUCUGGAUCCUUACCCAUUGCUCGUCAAGUAUUACCAGUCCAUCAAAUCUGAUUCACCACUGUCGUCUUAUCUCAAGACGAGGAAAGUCACUCCACUCUAAAUUAGACUUGAUAGAAAUAAUAUUAUAAUGCAUCAGAAAUGC